AUGAGGCGGACGAGAGCACAGAGCUUGAGAAGGAGUGCAAGAAUGAUGGAAGAGGGUUUUCAAUCAAAGUUUACUAAUACGGCUAACAAUGUUAUCGAUCUUGAAGAAGAAGAAGUCUUGUACAUUGAAUCAGGGUCAUCAAGCGUCUGUGUAGUUGAAGGAAAGAAUGCUAUGAUGAAUGUAGGGAAGAAACGGGUAUCUGGUGGGGGACGAAAACUAGAAUUACCCAAAAAGACAAACAAUGGAAAAUCAUAUAAGAAUGACACAAGUGAUGAUGAUUUUGUUGAGAGGAAAAAUAUGAUGGAUUCUGGAAAGAAUGAAAAUAAAAUGAAAAGGAAAAGGGUUGACAAGAGUGAUAAGUAUAAAAAGGUUAAGAUGGCGUAUGCAGACAGAGUGAUAUGUGAAGAUGUAAAUUUGCAAAGGUAUAGGCCCUUCAUCACAGAAAUUGAUUCAGAGCACCUAAGAGUUUUAGAAAAAUAUGAAGUAAGCAGGGGUGUAUUUGGAAAUCUAAGUUUAAGAGAAAAUGUGGAUGGUGUGUUUUAUGAUGAGAUGAUGAAUCAAGAUCAUUCAAAAGAUAGAUCAGUUGAGGAGAGUUGUGGAAUUAUUGAAAGUAUGGUAGGAAGGUUGGUUGAGCAUAAAAAGGUUGUAUAG